GCUGGCCGACUACAGUUGCUCUUGUGUUUCAGAAGGAAUUAUUCAACUGGAACUGUGUCACACACCUGAAUGUCAGCCUCGGUUUGGCGACAGGGGACACGGGGGAAAACUUUUAAGAUGGCGUCAACAGCGAUAGGUACCGUGUUAGUUUUCACGGUGCUGCUGGCAGGGACUGUUAGAAUUUCUGAAGCUCAAUCAGCUGCAGGAUGUCCAAUACACGAUUCAUAUUUAGGAGAUUGGUACUCCAUGGAAACUGGUGCCGAUGUGUUUACUCCAGUUUCCAAAGACCGCUGGGGUGACAUGAUCUGCCUGAAACAGUACCAGCAUCCAAUAGAGGCCCAGUUUGUGGAAGGUGUCAACAUGACCAUGCUGAUGAAGAAAGCAGUGGGGGGAGACAACUGUCUUAUGUGUGUUGAUAUUCUAUGGAGAACUCCAAAUAUUCUUCAGUACAGGAAGAGUAGCUGCUUCACAACAGAAACUGACUUCAAAGUCAUGUGUAAAGGUGUCAACCAACUUCCAUCUCAAGACCAACUGACAACACUUUUCCGUCAAACACUAAAGACUGUGAACUGUAUUGAGACUUGGGAAGGCGUGUACCAGUUCACGUAUGAAGUCAGCUGGGGCGGUGGUGGUAUCUGUGACAACCCAGACAGUGUCCUCAAGGCGUGCCAGGACCCAGGGUCAGCAUAUGUUGACAACCAGGUGUUUUUGAUCACAUACGCCAGGUGUCCUAGUGUGCAGACUUCAAGAUCUCAAACUAUUCGCUACCAAUGUAUGGGUACCUGGUUUGCUGUUAUUGGAAAUACAGGCUACACAUUUUCUGCCAUUGCUGAUACAGUACAGAAGGAUACUAGGGAAAAAUACAAGUGCAUGAUGACAAAUCGAGAUCAAAAGCAAGCAGAUAAUUCUAUUAGGUGGGCUAUGUCCAGAUUUGCUGACUGCUCAUCCCUCAACAGCUUGUAUGAAGCUCCAGUCAGAAUUGUCCUCAGAAGAAUCCCUCCCCUGACACCAUACAUCACACCACAGUGCAACCUGCCGAGGAAUGUGUCAGGUGAAUGGUACACCCAGGGGAUCCAGUUCAUGUCCCGCGUGGUGGUCAAUGACACCCACAUCCACUACUUCACCACCAAGAAUGAGUUUGAGUUUGAAGAGACGUAUCUCUCCUGCCAGCAGACUCUAGGGACCCGUUACCUCAUGACCAAGUACAUCGUGGGCAAAUGUGAGGUUGACUUUGUGUGCUAUGAUAUCCUGCCCAGACACCAUGGAAUUGUCAGGUACAGAGUUGGUAAGCCUUCACGUCUAACACCAGAAGAAAUAGCAGACCCGCAGUUCAUGACCAAAAAGUUCCGUGAAGUUUGUAGUUGGCAGUCGUUCACCUUUAACCGUAAUGAUACAGACUGGAAGUAUGAAGUCCUGAUCAUGGACCCACCCUCACCAGUGUCCUGCCCUAUUGGGGGCAGGUACAGCUUCAUCCAGAAUGCCAAUGGUGAGCUAGAGAAAUACAAGACCAGGAUCCGUGGUGUCACUGACAGACCUCGUAACUCCAUCAACUGCAGGAUCACUGUCUCAGAGUUCAAAUCCUGCAGCCAGGACAGGUCUAAGAUUGAGGUGGAUGAGGAGUACUGUGAGAGUGUUGAUUACAGGGGCAGGCCUCUUGGAGAGUAUGAUGAGCCUGAUCACAUUUUGACCUGUGUGGGUUUCUGGAUGGAGGACAUGAAGUCCUACCUGGUCACAUACGAUGAAGAAGACGCCAUCUCAAGAUUCCGUUGUUGGGUGUAUGAACGUGUGAGCUGGACCGACCUGUCUCUGUCCAGAAGUCAGACUGCCCGCUGCAGACGUGAGCAGAACUCCCAGAGCUACAUGAUAGAGGGCACUGGCCUCAACAUGAAGCUCACAGAAAGUGAGAGGCUAUAUGAUGAUUGCCCCCAGAGGUUUGACCCAGGACUUAACCCUUACCUAAAGCCCACUGUGAUCUAUGUACUCAGUGGCAGCCCAGCUAGAAUGGUACCUGUAGCUGUUUUGUUGAAUACUCUCAUAGUUCUGCUAGUCACACACAUCUUGAUGAAGUGAGUCUAGCUAGAGUGAGUAAAUGUUUGAAUUACAUGUGAGAUUGGUAAAUGAGGUGUGGCUGGCAAUGUGUGUAAAACUCUGAAGUGUGAAAAAAUUUGGCUCUGAUUCAAAUAAUUGAUCUGGCUACUUGAGUGCAGUGAAAUUGACCAAAUCAACAAUUUUAUAUCACCUGUAUUACUUAUAUGAAAUGUAAAUAGGUGUACAGUCACAUACGUGUACAAUCUUAAGCUGGAUUAGAUCUGAAUUUUGUAUAUAAUUAUUUUUCUAUUAAUAUUUUUAAGAAAUUAAUUUUUCCUUGUGUAAUCAUCCAUUAACAUGCAAAUGUUUUCAUGUGUGAGAGAGAUCUUUUUCUGCCACUCACUGUGUCUGUAAAUAUUGAUUCCCCCCCCCCCCC